AUGGCCAACGAAGAGAACGCGCCCAAUUGCUUCUGCGCUUCGCAGGGGCCUCACAACUCGACUCGCGUCGAGAAUAACGGAAGCCAGCAGCAGAAGACAUCAGCGAUGGACUCGGACAGUGCGACAACGACGACGGCGACAACAACGACGGCAGCGACAGCGACAACGGCAGCGGCGACGACAGCGGCAGCGACAACGGCAGCGACAGCGAUGCCAGUAAGGGACCCGUCACGUAGACUCGGCGUGAUGGACAGCGAGCUUCAACGUGGGUCUUCGGAGCAACUCUCCGCCAACGCGUCGAGGUAUCUCUGCUGGCCACGCGCGCUCUCGAUCGCGCUCACGCGGUCGUUCUCGACGGGAAGCUGGUUCGCUGAGAAGCGAGCUUGGAUCUCGGUCGCGUUCACGCGAUCGCUCACGUCGCCGAACUUAUUCUCCGGCGCGUGGGCGACGAUCUCGUUCGCGCACGCGUACGUCUCAGACUGGUUAUUGGCCACGUCUCGUACUCCUGAACCACAUCCGGAACGCCCCGGAGGAGAUUGGCGCGGGGCUCCCACGUAUCGUCCUUCGGGGAGAAGCCAAGCCAGCGGACUCUAUAACGACGAGCGGUCGGAAUCGUCCGGCCGGCACGCCCGCGAGCCAAUGCUCGUGGAGGAUCUUCCUGACUCACGAUAUGAUCGACAAUCCAGUGGAGAUCACAAGCAGCGUCAACAAGGGGAGGUGGACCGUUGCGCUGAUAACGUUCGCGACCUGGUUGGCCAGGACUAUGACACCCUGGUGAACCAGUUCUGGGACUCUCAGUGA